AUGAGAUGGGGUGGAUUUCUUCAUAUAAAUCUUCUGUCCAGAAGCAUUGCAAGCAUAAAUCCAAACGACCCAUCCAACUACAGAAUUCUUGUUGGUCCAUUUUGGAGAACAAUUUGCAAUCAUCUGCCAACCUCUUCUAGCUUCAGUGACAUUGUUCCGGUUACUUUCAUUUUCGAUGGUUUCGAGAAGUUUUCACCCAUUACUGCUACGGUUAGUUCUUCCUUGCUUCUAGGUAUAUAUGUAGCCUUCCGGAAUCCGAAUACAAUAUUUAGGAGCGCUGUAGAAAAUGCAUUCUCUGACUCGGAGCGUUGUGGACAAGAGGAUCCCAGUGUUCGUAUGUCCUGCUUCUAUAACAAGGUCCUUUCAUUCUCCCUUUACCCUUGGAUUGAAUUCUCAAAGGAUAUCAGUUAGCUGGGUUGUUCAUGUCGUUGCGUAAUAAUCGCUGACUUUCAUGCUUUAGUGAAUUUUGAA